ACUGACUUAAUGUGGUCAAGUACGAGAAGAUCGUGUAGGAUCGAUGGACCCCGUUAAUUUUCGCGUCUAAUUUCAGUUCCGGGAAAGAAAUAGAAAAUGUCCGUUGUAAGUUCAGUGUAGAUAAGUAAGAGCAAGGUUAAAAAAAGAUGGAAGUGACUUCUUUAAAUUUUCAAGAAGUCCUUGUGGAAUUGGAUGAAGUUAUAAAAAAUGGAACAUUCCUUGCCAUUGAUGGUGAAUUUACAGGACUGAAUUCAGGGCCUGAUGCUGGUGCUUUUGACACACCUGCUCAGUAUUAUGCAAAAUUGAGAUCGGGAUCAAUGGAUUUUCUUCUCAUACAAUUUGGCCUUUCUGUAUUUACAUUCAAUACACAAACUCAAAAGUACAAUCAACGGUCAUACAAUUUUUACGUUUUUCCGCGUCCUCUAAACCGUACAGCUACGGAUUUGAGAUUCAUGUGUCAGACAUCCUCUAUGUCGUUUUUGGCAUCGAAAGAAUUCGAUUUCAAUAAACUUUUCAAAUUAGGCAUUCCUUACUUAAUAGCAAGCGAAGAAGAAAAAUUGAUCAAACGAUUAGAGGAAAAGCAAAGAAUAAGGGAUGAGACAUCAGAGAUUUUGCCUAUUUCGGAUGUUGAGAGGCCUCAGAUCGAAGAAAUUUGUAGAAAGAUAGAUGAAUUCAUCACUUCCGAGGAAGAAGAACUAGUGAUUGAUAAGUGUAGUGCUUUUAUCAGACGACUAGUUCAUCAGGAAGCAAGGCUGAGGUGGCCAAAUAAAUUGAGGAUUGAAAGUAAAAUGGAGAAUUUUGAAUGUAAUCUCAUUGUACAAAGAUUAGGAACUAAAGAACAAGAAGAACAAAGAGAGAUUGAGAAAAGAAAGAAAGAAAGGACAGAAAUUGAAAAUGCAGUUGGAUUAAGUAUACUCAUGAGAAAAAUUUCAGAUUCUGGAAAGUUAAUAGUUGGUCAUAAUAUGUUGCUAGAUCUCUGUCAUAUAAUCCAUCAAUUUUUUGGAUAUUUGCCAGAAUCAUAUUUGGAAUUCAAGUCUCUUCUUCAUUGUCUAUUUCCAAGAAUUUUAGAUACAAAAAUAAUUUGCCAUUCGCAGCAACUCAAGGAAAAUGUACCAUCGUCGAAUUUAGGUAUAUUGCUAGAAACAGUUAGUAAAUCACCGUUUAAAAUUACAGAAGUGGAACCUAUCAAUGGCAGAAGUUAUUCAACGCUGGAAGACAAAUGUCACGAGGCUGGUUACGAUGCAUAUAUAACUGGAAUAUGUUUCAUUGCAUUGUCUAAUUAUCUUGGUUCCUUACAAAACCCCGAAGUACCGAUAGUUUUAUCGGAUUCAUCAUUACUCGACCCUUUUGUAAACAAACUCCUCAUAGCAAGAUUGAAAGAUAUUCCGUUCAUAAACCUUGUCGGAGAAGAUCCUAAUCCAAAUAGAGAUCAUAUAUUUCAUAUAACAUUCCCGAAAGAGUGGAGGUUUAAUGAUAUAUCUCAAUUGUUUAGUCCAUUUGGAGGUGUGCAUGUGUCAUGGUUAAAUGACACGUCUGCAUACAUAGGACUAUAUCGUCGAGAUCAAGUUAACGCAGUAAUGAAAAUUCUAGGUAAAACGAAUACCUAUAAGAUUCAAAGGUAUGCUGAUUAUCAAGCUUCUCUAGGGGUGACUGUUGGUGCAGGAGAUCGUAAACGGAAAUUAUCCUCGUCUGAGUCUGUCUCGCCGAAGAAAGGGGAAAACUCCGUGCCAACGAACGGCGUGAAGACUACUGCGGACGACGAUGGCUGGGAAGUAGCCACAGGGAAACGACGCCGGAAGCGGAAGGACCGUACGGACGUAGGUGAUGCACGAAAAACGAAGCAGAAAUUCCCUGAGGCUGACUCUUGGGAAUAGCAUUAUUCACAAGAGCCAAGUUUCAGAUUAUAACAUAUCGUCCUGUGGAGAGACGGUGAAUAAGUUGGAAAAUCCUGAAACAUUUCGACUAUAUUUUAUUGUAUCUUAUUUCUUGUUCAUAAUAUCAAUAUAAUGAUAUCAAUAAUAACUCAAACUUUGCAUGGCACUAUUUUUUUUUUUUUUUCGCACUUAGAAGCAUUAAAAAUGUACAUGAUUGAUCCUCUCGUUUCGUUUAAUCGCUAAAUUAAACAGUGAAUCGUAAUAACACGUCAACCAAAAAUUAACAUUAUGUUCUGUAAAUUAGCAUUUUUGAUCGAAUUUUAUAUUUAUACGUAUGAGAUCAAAUAUUUUCACUAAACACAAUGUAUUAGUACAAAAAAAUGUAUUAUGAUCUGUGAAAUGUAGCCAAAUAGCCUGACUCAGAUAUGUAUGUAUUUAGUUUCAUGUCGAAAAUGCUUUAUAUUGUUAAAUACUUUGGAAUAAAUAUAUGAUUUGACGAAA